AUGCAUCCAAAGUAGAUUGAUAUGGUUUAUUAACUCUGUAAACUAUUUAAAAAGGUUAUACUAUUAUACUCAAUUCUCUAAUUUGACUUGAUAGACUUUCCUAAUUUAAUAUAAAGAACCAGAUGUUUGAUUGAUUAUAAUAUAAAAUUUGGUUAUAUUAAAAAUAACUUUCCUAAUUAAUUAACAUCAUCCUUAAAGGAAACAUUACUCCUUGACAAAUUUAAGAUUAGCAAAUGCGUUUUUCCUUUUGACUUGCUUAAAGUGUUACUAUUUUCCCUCUAACAUCCCAAGAUGGAUGUAAAAAUGAGUAGAAAUAAAUUUGGUCAAUUUAUGACAUUAAAAAAUUUGGAUAAAAGGAAUUUGAUUAAAACUUAACUCUAUCGAGAAGAUAUAAGCAUAAGAAUCUUAUUAGUCAACUACAUAUAAUUAAUAUUGAUUUGAUAGGAGUUUUAGUAUUUUUUCAAUUUAAAUUUA